AUGAAGGAGACCACUGAAGGUUACCUGACAAAAGACGUUAAACACACUGUUAAUACCGUCCCUGCCUACUUCAACAAUGCCCAGCGGCAAGCAACCAAGGAUGCCGGUGCAAUUGCCAAGCUGGAUGUUCUCCGUGUUAUCAACGAACCCACCGCUGCUGCUUUGGCAUAUGGUCUAGAUCAAGAAGAAUCACGGUUGAUCGCGAAGUGGGAGACUUCACAUCAGGAGGGUCCACAAUAA